AUGGUAGUGAAUUUCGCGUAUGUUAGCCAAGCAGGACAGAAUUUCGAGACAUAUUCCUUACUCUGGCUGGACGCAACUGUCAACAAUUCACAUGAAAAUCUUCAAGCGCAAACGAGACUUCGAGAAUCGAUCAAUCAUUUGGUUACUUUCGAAGAUCAUCAUCAAUGCUAUGCAUAUAUCAAAUGUAUGUCAAACCACGAUAGAAUCGUCCUAAUUGUUAGUAGACACUUAGGUCCACUGAUCGUACCAUACAUCGUUCAAUUUCGACAGCUUGUUUCGAUUUAUGUUUAUUGUAAGAACGUAACAGAGAAUGAACAAUGGUCUAAACAAUUUCCUAAAGUGAAAGCUGUACUCAAUCAAAUCGAUGAUCUUAUUCACAAAAACAUCAGCAUUAUAAAACUGAUGAAGCUCUACCAUUAUGCAUCAUACAAGGGAGUGAUGCAAAAUCAUUAUAAUCCAGCAGAAUUGAAAAUUAUUCAGGAGUUCGAUCGAGAUUACCGUUCGGAAUAUGCUCUAUGGUGGUAUUCCACAGAGUCAUUCUUAUACAAAAUGUUAAAUAAAGCACUGCGUGUACAAAACAUGCAUUUACUCUAUCUAUUUCGUUUUGCUAUUCGUCAUAUCGAACGACGUCUAGUCCAGAAUCGAUGCUCAAAACCAGUUCGUUUUUAUCGCGCGCAAAUCAUGGCCAAUCAAGAAGUUGAAAAAUUGAAGAACUGCAUCGGUGGAUUCGUUUCAAUCAAUUCCUUCUCUUCCACAUCAUACGAUUGUAAUGGAGCAUUGAAGUUCUUCUCCAAUAAUGACAAUCUCAUUGAUUAUAAACGUGUUUGUUUUGUUAUCGAUGCUGAUCCUCGAUUGGAAAACAUCAAACCAUUUGUUGACAUUACUAAAUUUAGCUAUUAUCAAGAAGAAAAAGAAGUUUUAUUCAUGAUUGGCUCGAUCUUCCGACUGGAAAAUACCAGUAUGGAUCAUAUUGGAAUAUAUUUCAUUCAAAUGAAGUUAUGCUCGUUUAAUGACCAUCAAUUGCGAGAAAUUUUCGAACAUAUGAAGAAAAAGAAUGAAGCUGAAGGUUACUACAAUCGAUAUCUUCAGCAGUCAUCAAAGAGUCGCAAAGAUAUCGACAAAGGCUAUAGUGGUCUGGGUAGUUUAGCUAAUCGAAAAGAUGACUAUGAUGCGAGUCUGAAUUGGCACCAUCAAUCAUUGGAAAUCCGAUUGCGAACUUUGAAAUCCGACGAUCAAAGUAUAGCGAAAAUCUACAAUAGUAUCGGCAACGCCUAUGAAAAGAAGAAAGAUUAUGCGAAUGCACUGCAGUCGUAUGAAACUGCACUGACCAUCUUCCGACAUACGUAUGAUAACGAUCAUUUGUACAUAGCGACGUGUAUGAAUAACAUUGGUAACACUUAUAGUGGUAUGCGCAAACCAGCGGAAGCACUGACAUUCUAUCAGAAUGCAUUGACAAUUCAGAAGAAAACUCUGCCAAGUGAUCAUAUCAACUUGGGCAGUUCGUACAAGAACAUAGGCAAUGUUAUAGCAGAUUUAGGACAUUAUGAUCAAGCUUUAUCACACUUGAAUUUAUCAUUAGAGAUAUACAAGAAGUCUCGUCCGUCACAACAUCCAUCGAUUGCAUCAAAAAUGAGAAAUAUUGGACUGGUUUAUAAAGAUAAACGAGAUUACAAACAAGCGUUAGCAUACUUCGAAAAAGCGGCGAACAUUUAUCGACAGUUGUUUCCUGCAACACAUCCAGAUGUAGUUCAGAUUGAAAAAGAUAUUCGAUAUGUCGCCUCGAAAUUGAUUUAA